AUGUCCAAAGAUGCAGACCUUGCCCAGGAGCAAGUCCACUCCUACCUCUGGGACACAACCCAGCAAGGCACCUGCCUGCCACACAAAGGGAAUAAGGGAAGCAGAACCAAGAGGGUCAAGAAGGCAAUCCAAGCCGUUGACCACCAGUUCUCCGAUCCAUCCUCUUCUCAGCAGCAGGGCCAGGCGGGUCAUGGCCCCGGAGUGUCACAUCAGUCCAGCGCCAACAAGGCUGAGCACCAGGGCACCCAUCACAACGCUGACCUGAACGGUGUUGGUUACCAGUUCCAUGGCUACACUCAUGACUGA